GUAGAAUGGUUAAAAUUUGGCCUAAGAUCAUUUUAUAAAAUAUCAAUGAUUUCCUUUACUUUUCAAUAAAAUAAUUUGACUUCAACGAUUAUUUUUAAUUGCAUUCUGUAAAAUAGAUGAAAAUUGUUGGCUAUCAACAAAGUUCGAAACGACAAACCUCACAAUGAACUGUGGAUUUGCAAAUGGAAGGAAGAUCUGUCUGUGUUUUAAUAAAUGUUCAGUCUAUUUCAUUGUUCUGGCCAAUCUUCCAUCUGAUGCUGCUAUCAGUAACCAAGGCAAACUGAAUUUUGAAUUGAAAAGGAGUCAAUUGCUUACAUUUAGUAUUCUUGUUCAAAUAUCUCAAUGCUAUUUCAUCGCAGUAAAUUAACGCUUGACGUGGAUUUGAUGGUUGAAAAAUAAGGGGAGAGCUUUAGCUUCGUCACAGAGAUUUCGUUCUAUUUUCACUUGAUAUCCGGAAAGACUUUCAAACUUCUUGGAUGAAAGAUGUGAAAUCAUUGAUUUUGGUAAUAAAAACUCGACAAAUUCAUUUUGAAAGAACAUUUCUGUGUCACUUGUUCUUGUGACAAAAAAAAAGCUCUUUCGAUAUUGCCGCCGUAUCAAUCCAAACAGUUAUGCCACUCUCAGUGUGAACAAGCACUUACUUUGUCCAAUGACAGCUAAUUUACCGCCUUAAUUCAUCGAUGCUGUCAUUCAAGUUGGAGUAUCAAGUAGAAUCAGCUACGUGUGCAUAUUUUUGGCUAAAGUGAGCCUCAUUCACUGCUCUAGUAAUUGAAUCAAUCACAUUAAAUCAAAAUUAUCGCAAUAAUAUCACUUUAUUCCAACCACUGUGCAGAACUGAACCAUUGUCAUUAGAAAAAAGCCUCAAAGUUCGAAGUUGAUCUUGUAUUUUAUUCAUUUUCUGGCAUUUUGCUAUCGCACUACCGAAUUAGGUUAGGUUUGACUGGCUUUGACUUGAAAAACAACUUCUGAUUUGAUAUUCAAGAGUCAACGUUUGACAUAUACGAUGAAUGACACGCAUUCAGACGAAAUUAGGUGCCACACAAUCGAUUCGGCGAACGCUGCCGAUGGCGGUAGUCAAUCAACACGGUCCGAAAUGAAUAUCGAUGUGGAUUGCGAUUCAGUUGCAAUCAAAUUGGAGCCCGAUGUCAAAGAAGAACCAGAGGCAGUUUGCUUGGUGUCUGGUCCGAAUCAACAUCGAAUGCCACAUGUCAAGUUGGAACCAGUCGAUGACACAAGCAUGGAUGAUUUUGAUUCGACUCAUGUCAAACCAGAGCCCAAAGCUGAUAAGGUGGAAAACGCCGAUUGCAAGCCAGAAGAAAGCAAACAAUCACAGCAAAGCGGUGAUGGCUCAGGCAAGAGAAACAUUGACGUCAAACAGGCUAAAAAGCAGAAUCGCGAUGGUCACAAAACAUUAGCUGCGAAAUUGAAGUCAAUCGAAGCGAAAGGCAGAGCCAGAUCGGUCAUCAUUGCAUCUCACAAGAAGCGAUCAGCUGUAAAAAGGAUCAAGAAACAGCACAAAUGCCCAUCAUGUGAUUUUGUUACACCAUGGUCAACUGUUUUGAAGAGGCAUAUAUUGACGCACACUGGCGAGAAACCGUUCCCGUGCAACAUCUGUAACAAACGAUUCACAACAAAAUCGAAUAUUCAAUCACAUUUGGAAACACACACCGAUGUAUUUCCGUUCAGCUGUUCAGUUUGCCUAAAGCGAUUUGCUCAGAAUGAUGAAAAAUUACCGCAUGAAGCCACUUGCGAUGGACGACGCUACGAAUGCUACUUGUGCAAGAAGUUUUCUACUUCAAAUAAGGCCGACUUGAAGAUGCAUAUGCGUGUGCACACCGGCGUAAGACCUUUCCGAUGCAACAUUUGCUUCAAUAGAUUCACCACAAAGGCUCAUCUAAAGAGGCAUUCAAAAGUUCACACAAAUCCUCGUCCGGUGAAAUUUCAAUGCGUGGUUUGUGCCCGGAACUUCUCUCAAGAGAUGGAAAAGCAGGAGCACGAAUUAAAGUGCCAAAGUCGACGAUAUGAAUGUUACUUGUGCAAGCGCUAUGUGGCAUAUCAAAAAACGAAUAUGAUUUUCCACAUGCGUGGUCAUCACACCGGUGUCAAACCAUUCCAAUGCAAACAAUGCUCAAGUUGUUUUAAGCAAGUUUCAGACUUUAAUAACCAUAAUAAACGUCACCACAAGUAAUAACCAGGAUGAAAACCGAACCUUUUAUCAAACUAAAUGUUUCUUUUCGAAAAGUUCGCGCAUUUUUUUGAGUAAAAAAGAGACACCAGAUGCUUUGGAUCGACUGGGAAAUCUUUCAAUGUUAAAUCUAUGAAAAUAAAUAAAUAAGGAAGUUUGAAGUCAAAA